GAAUGGUCAUUACAGAUUGUAACAUACACGAAAGAAAACAGUGUUAAAAGCGAGGAAGAAGAAGAGUGAAACUGUGGAAGCAGUUGCAGACCGAGCUAGCUAGCUAGCAAGCAAGCACAGAGAUGGAGGCAAAGCGAGGCCAUGCCCUCAUGUGCUUGGCACGUGUUUCACUCUUCCUCUGCGCUCUAACCCUAUCCGCUGCUCACGGAAGCACCACGGUUCAAGACAUCGCGAGAAAGUUGAAACUCGGGGACAACGAGCUUCUGCGCACGGAGAAGAAGUUCAAGGUUUUCAUGGAGAAUUACGGGAGGAGCUACUCCACAGAGGAGGAGUAUUUGCGCCGUUUGGGGAUUUUCGCCCAGAACAUGGUCAGAGCGGCGGAGCAUCAGGCGCUGGACCCCACCGCCGUCCACGGCGUCACGCAGUUCUCCGAUCUCACCGAGGACGAGUUUGAGAAGCUCUACACUGGCGUCAAUGGCGGCUUCCCGUCAUCGAAUAAUGCCGCCGGCGGUAUUGCGCCGCCGUUGGAGGUGGACGGGCUGCCGGAGAAUUUUGAUUGGAGAGAGAAAGGAGCUGUCACCGAAGUUAAGUUACAGGGUAGAUGUGGAUCAUGCUGGGCUUUCAGCACCACAGGAUCUAUAGAAGGAGCCAAUUUUCUUGCCACCGGAAAGCUCGUCAGUCUUAGUGAACAACAGCUCCUUGACUGUGACAACAAGUGUGACAUAACAGAAAAGACUUCAUGUGACAAUGGGUGUAAUGGAGGUCUUAUGACAAAUGCCUACAAUUAUUUGCUCGAGUCUGGUGGGUUGGAGGAGGAGUCUUCAUAUCCCUACACUGGGGAGAGAGGUGAAUGCAAGUUUGAUCCAGAGAAAAUAGCAGUUAAGAUCACAAAUUUCACCAAUAUCCCUGCUGAUGAGAACCAAAUUGCCGCAUAUUUAGUAAAAAAUGGUCCACUUGCUAUGGGCGUGAAUGCAAUUUUCAUGCAAACAUACAUUGGUGGUGUCUCAUGCCCUCUCAUAUGUAGCAAGAAAAGGCUGAACCAUGGUGUGUUACUUGUGGGAUAUGGUGCAAAAGGCUUCUCAAUUCUUAGGCUUGGCAACAAACCAUACUGGAUCAUCAAGAAUUCGUGGGGGGAGAAAUGGGGAGAAGAUGGCUAUUACAAGCUCUGCAGAGGGCAUGGCAUGUGUGGAAUAAACACUAUGGUUUCUGCUGCAAUGGUGCCUCAACCACAAACAACACCUACAAAGAAUUAUGCUUCUUAUUAGCUAUGCACUUAAGGAAAUCUAAAUAAAUAUUUUUCAUUCUAGGUGAUGUAUCAUGUAUGUACCAAAAUAUUUUGGUACGUAAGUCUUUUAAAAAGUUUGCAUCUCCUCUUUGGUUUUCCUUAGUUCUGAAAGUUAUCUCCUAAGAAGACAAUCAUAUGUACUGUACGUAGUGUGAAGAUAUAGUAUUGUAUGCUGCAGAAUAUGAUUGUCUAAUAAGGUGGACUAGCUGUAAUAAAAGAUAUUUCCAGGUUGAAAACAGAGCAAAUCAUGUUAAAGAGC